AGGAAAUGCUAGUGAGUCGGAGGAAGACCGCAGCGCCGGCAGUGUGGAGAGCCCGUCCGUCUCCAGCACGCACCGGGUGUCUGAUCCCAAGUUCCACCCCGUCCAUUCAAAGAUAAUCAUCAUCAAGAAAGGGCAUGCUAAAGACAGCCAGCGCUACAAAGUCGACUAUGAGUCUCAGAGCACAGAUACCCAGAACUUCUCCUCCGAGUCCAAGCGGGAGACAGAAUACGGUCCCUGCCGGAGAGAAAUGGAAGACACACUGAAUCACCUGAAGUUCCUCAACGUGCUGAGUCCCAGGGGUGUGCACAUUCCCAACUGUGACAAGAAGGGAUUUUAUAAGAAAAAGCAGUGUCGCCCUUCCAAAGGCAGGAAGCGGGGCUUCUGCUGGUGUGUGGAUAAGUACGGGCAGCCUCUCCCAGGCUACACCACCAAGGGGAAGGAGGACGUGCACUGCUACAGCAUGCAGAGCAAGUAGACGCCUGCCGCGAGGUCAGCAAAAAGCAGUUUGAAUUUUCUUGUUGCUUCCUAUCAAAGUACUCAGAGACUCAAGCACAGUACCCAGACUUCAUCCCCCCGUGGAAUGCUCACCACAUGUUGGUCGAAGCAGCCAACCACUGACUUCAUGACUUAGGCGGCUGUGUUGCCUAUGUAGAGAACACGCUUCACCCCCACUCCCUGUACAGUGUGCACAGGCUUUAUUGAGAAUAGGGAAACCCUUACACCCCGGUCAUCCGGACAUCCCGACGCAUGCUCCUGGAGCUCACAGCCUUCUGUGGUGUCAUUUUUGAAACAAGGGCUUGGGUCCCUCAACCAAGAAUAAUGUUUAUAUCUUCAUUAGUCUGUACUGCUUGGGGACUAUUGGAGAAAAUAAGGUGGAGUCCUACUUGUUUAAAAAAAUAUAUAUCUAAGAAUGUUCUAGGGCAAUCUGGGAACCUAUAAAGGCAGAUAUUACGGGCCCUCCUUUUCAGGAACCUUCCUGAAGACAUGGCCUAGUUGAAGGCCCAGGAUGGCUUUUGCUGUGGUCCCAUGGGGUAGGAGGGACAGAGAGACAGGGAGAGUCAGCCUCCCCAUUCAGAGACAUCACAAAUAAUGGCAUGAUUCUUCAGAUGAUUGCAGAAAAUAGUGUUUCGUAGUUCAACAACUCAAGACAAAGCUUAUUUCUGAGGAUAAGCUCUUUAAAGGCAAAGCUUUAUUUUCCUCUCUCAUCUUUUGUCCUCCUUGGCACAAUGUAAAAAGGAAUAGUAAUAUCAGAGCAGGAAGGAGGAAUGGCUUGCUGGGGAGCCCAUCCAGGACACUGGGAGCACAUAGAGAUUCACCCAUAUUUGUUGAACUUAGAGUCAUUCUCAUGCUUUUCUUUAUAAUUCACACAUAUAUGCAGAGAAGAUAUGUCCUUGUUAACAUUGUAUACAACAUAGCCCCAAAUAUAAUAAGAUCUAUACUAGAUAAUCCUAGAUGAAAUGUUAGAGAUGCUAUAUGAUACAACUGUGGCCAUGACUGAGGAAAGGAGCUCGUGCCCAGAGGCUGGGCUGCUCUCCCAGAGGCCAAACCCAAGGAGGUCUGGCAAAGUCAGGCUCAGGGAGACUCUGCCCUGCUGCAGCCCUCGGUGUGAACACGCGCUGCACAGAGGUCUCCUUGAAAACAGAGGGGUCUCAAGACAUUCUGCCUACCUAUUAGCUUUUCUUUAUUUUUUUAAUUUUUGGGGGGAAAAGUAUUUUUGAGAAGUUUGUCUUGCAAUGUAUUUAUAAAUAGUAAAUAAAGUUUUUACCAUUAAAAA